UCCACAGAAGACCAAAACCAUAAGAAAGAUCAGACCAGACCAGAUCAGAUCAGUAGGUCUACGACCAUGGAACAAGCAGCAUGCUACCUCUUCAUGUUCAUGGCGCUCCUGUUCCCGCUCGUUCUCCUCAAGCUCAAGAAACGUGCCGGCAAUGGCGUGAGGCUGCCGCCAGGCCCGUGGCAGCUGCCGAUGAUCGGCAGCCUGCACCACCUCCUCGGCAAGCCGCUCGUCCACCGCGCCCUGGCCGACCUCGCCCGCCGGCUGGACGCGCCGCUCAUGUACCUCCGGCUCGGCGAGGUCCCAGUCGUAGUCGCCACCUCCCCCGACGCGGCCCACGAGAUCAUGCGCACCCACGACGUCACCUUCGCCACGCGGCCGUGGAGCACCACCAUGAAGAUCAUGAUGGCCGACGGCUGCGGGCUGGGGUUCGCGCCCUACGGCGACCACUGGCGGCAGCUCCGCAAGAUCAGCGUCCUGGAGCUGCUCAGCGCCCGGCGCGUCCAGUCCUUCCGCCACGUCCGGGAGGAGGAGGUCGCCCGCCUCGUCGCCGCCGUCGCCGCGACCCCGCCGGGCGAGCCGGCGAACCUGAGCGAGCGCAUUGCCGCGGCGAUCGCGGACUCGACGGUGCGCGCCCUCAUCGGGGACAGGUUCGGGAGGCGUGAGGAGUUCCUGGAGACGAUCGAGGAGGAGAGCAAGCUCACCUCAGGGUUCAACCUCAGCGACCUGUUCCCGUCGUCGGCGUGGUUCGUGAACGUGCUCAGCGGCACGGCACGGCGAUCGCAUGCGAUGCACAAGAAGAGCAUCGAGCUCAUGGAACAUGCCAUCAAGCAGCAUGAGGAGCUGAGGGCCACGAUGGCAGCCAAGGGCAGAGUGGUGGAGGAAGGCGCUCUCGUCGACGUUCUCUUGAGAAUACAGAAGGAAGGUGGCCUCAAUGUCCCUCUCACCACGGGAACCAUCAAAGCUGCUAUCUUUGAUCUAUUCGGCGCCGGGAGCAAGACAGCAGCAAUCACACUCCAAUGGGCCAUGUCAGAGCUCAUUAGAAACCCGAAUGCGAUGAAGAAAGCGCAAGCCGAGGUAAGAAACAUUCUCAAUGGAAAGCCCAAAGUGACCGAGGAUGAUCUGGGCGAGAUGAAGUACUUGAAGCUUAUCAUCAAGGAAACAUUGAGGUUGCAUCCGCCCGCGCCACUUCUUAUCCCAAGGGAGUCCAUGGACUCGUGCAAGAUCCUAGGGUAUGAUGUGCCCAAAGGGACCACGGUGCUUGUGAACGCAUGGGCGAUCGGCAGGGACCCUAGGUAUUGGGAAGAUGCCGACGAGUUCAAACCCGAGCGGUUUGAAUCCAUUUCGGUUGAUUUUAGGGGCACGGACUUUGAAUACAUUCCAUUUGGCGCCGGACGAAGGAUCUGCCCGGGAAUACCGUUUGCGCAGGCAAACAUGGAGCUCGUGCUCGCUGCCCUGCUGUAUCACUUCGACUGGAAGGUGGCGUCUGGGAUGAAGCCAAGUGAGUUGGACAUGGCAGAGGAGAUGGGCCUGACCAUCCGGAGGAAGAACAGCCUGCUCCUGUAUCCCGUCGUCCGUGUGCCGCUGCCGCCCCAAGCUAUGCCGUAGCUGCGGGCUAUACGAGCAUCACCGUACUUGCCAUCCAACUUGGAUUUAUCCCAAAAGUGUGAUCAUGCAUGGAUUCCUAUGCAGCUCUAUCUACAAUUUUAUCUACAAGUAUGUGUGCGUUUGUUGCUAUAUAUAUAGACUUAGAAAGGGGAAAAAAUAUUAGUAUAUUAUAUUCGCUUUGGUAUAUGGAUCCUAUUCAUGGGGCAUGCAUGUAUGUAAUAAUAAUAACAGUUUUUUUCUCGAAUAUGCAGGAGAGCUGCGCAUGUAAUAAUAACAGUUGAAUGUGUUGUAAGAAAUAAGAGAGAACAUCAUAUGUAUAUCUAUCAUGUCAGAAAUUGAAAGGAGACAUUUCU